AUGGCAGAUAAACAAAAGGCUUCCCCUAACGUUGCCCAAGGUGAAGAUAAGAACGACGGAGGAUUACAGUCAUUACCAAUCAGAGCAUAUCUUGAUUAAACAGUGGUUCCCAUCCUCUUACAGGCUCUCUCAGAAGUCGCCAAGGAAAGACCUGCAAACCCUGUUGAGUUUGUAGCUAACUACUUGCUUUAGCAUAAUCCAGAUAAAAAGUGA